AUAGUCUGAUUUUUCACGAUGAAGAAAUAUCAACUAUCUUUGAUCCAAACUUUUGGUUGACUGCCUACGAACAAUCCAUUAAUAAUUCUAGUGGUAUAGGACCUGAUUCAAUACGUUCUUCAAAAAUUAUUGAUUUAUCACUAAUUUCUGAUGAGAUCAUAAAUGAAGAUUUGGACCUUACUUUUAUGAAAUUUUUGCAAUUAUCGUGUAAAUAUUUUUCACGUGAAUCUAAUUUUCCUCGUAAUUAUUUGAAUAGAUUUCCGGAAAAGUUGAUUCAUGAUGGAACGUGGAAAGAAUCCGAAGAAAAAAUUGUGGAUGUUGUAAAAGAAAUUUUUAACGCUCUGGAAGAUAUUUAG